AUGACCAAACCAGCUCAGAAUUGGUCUCAUCAUAAUAUGACCAAACCAGCUCAGAAUUGGUCUCACCACAAUAUGACCAAACCAGCUCAGAAUUGGUCUCACCACAAUAUGACUAACCCAGCUCAGAAUUGGUCUCAUUAUAAUAUGACCAAACCAGCUCAGAAUUGGUCUCAUUAUAAUAUGACCAAACCAGCUCAGAAUUGGUCUCAUCAUAAUAUGACCAAACCAGCUCAGAAUUGGUCUCACCACAAUAUGACCAAACCAGCUCAGAAUUGGUCUCACCACAAUAUGACUAACCCAGCUCAGAAUUGGUCUCAUUAUAAUAUGACCAAACCAGCUCAGAAUUGGUCUCAUCACAAUAUGACCAAACCAGCUCAGAAUUGGUCUCACCACAAUACGACCAAACCAGCUCUGAAUUGGUCUCAUCAUAAUAUGACCAAACCAGCUCAGAAUUGGUCUCACCACAAUAUGACCAAACCAGCUCAGAAUUGGUCUCAUCACAAUAUGACCAAACCAGUUCAGAAAGCUGACUUGUAG